CUGAUAUUAGUUUUUUUUAAAAAGUUAAUUUUAUUUACUAAAUAAAAAUAAAAUGUUUAAAAUAUUUUUAUUAAUACUUGUUUUGUCGUACAUUUGCACCGAUUAUGUCAGAUGUUUGCCGUCACGUAAUGGACGUCAGAUAGAAGUGGAAUCGGGAAGUCAGUUGGAUAUACCCAAUGAUAAUGAGAUUCCCGGCAAUCUGGACCCGAACCGGCCGUUUGUACCGCGCCGUGGAAGCGGAUCAUCGGAUGGACUGCUCAAUACUAUUAUGAGUUUUUUCCGCAAUUUGUUGGGCGGCGGCGGUUCCGGUGGUGGUGGAGGACUGUUUGGCAAUCGCGGCGGUAGUGACGGCGACAGCGGAAUAUUAGGUUUCAUUAGACGAGCCUUUGGCGGUCUCAUCGAUAGAGUACUCGGUAUAUUUGGACAAAGAGGAGGUUCGGGCGGUUCGGGAGUUUUUGGAAAUCCCAGUUCAGCGGAGUUUCCGUAUACUAGGGGUACACAAAGGUUUCAGCCAUUGAGAGCAAAUUAA